AUGCUCAACUUUUCGCCGGAGAUCAAGAGAAAUUUUCUCAUCAUGGUGAAUGCAAUCAAAGGACUGUACAUUGAGUGUGACAUCCCCAUGGCUCAACUCAUUAUCAACAUGAAUGGUGCAUUGCCUCAGUCACAGAAGUUUAUAAUACACGUGCUGGAUAAUACUCGUAUUUUCGUUCGCUCUGAUAUGGCUGGUCAAAUCAGAAGUGCUAUUGCAACCUUCAGAGAGCAGAACACGUACGAAAAGCCCUCUUAA